UAGCAGUACUUGUUAGAAUUUAUCGAAGCUUUGAAGGAGCACAUAAAUCAGAAUUCCAUUCCAAUCUCACCAGACACAAGAUGCAAUAGUAUGGAAUCGAUAUAUAGUAACGUUCUACGUAACCAAGCUUCACCAGACAACGGACGGCUUCGUCUCGACGAAACACAACAGACACGCAAUCAGCUGUUGGCUGCUGCUCAUAUAGGAUGAAUAUUUUUCUCCAACCACGAUACCUACGGAAAGUGUCAAACCUGGUCAGUACUGCCCUGGUCGUAAGUCAAAACGCACUAGCAGUGGUCUCAUCGCAGCGGGAUUACUGCUAUUUCAACAUGAAGCCCAAGGUCUACGUCACAAGGAAUGAUUACGCUCGUAUCGGAUUGGAUCUGCUGAAGGAAGAAUGCAACGUUUCGACAUGGGACGAAGCUUAUCCGGUGCCGCGAGAUGAGUUUCUGAAAAAUGUAGUCGGCAAAGAUGCAAUCUUUUGUUCGCUGAACGAUCGUAUCGAUAAGGAACUGUUGGAUCAGGCUGGUCCCAGCUUGAAGGUUGUUUGCACCAUUUCGGUGGGCUUCGACCAUAUUGACGUGAAGGAGUGUCGCGAUCGUGGCAUCCGUAUUGGAUAUACCCCCGAUGUGUUAACGGAUGCCACAGCCGAGCUUACGGUAGCCCUACUUCUGGCAACUGCCCGACGUUUGAUAGAGGCUAAUAAGGAAGCCCAUAAUGGUGGAUGGAAGAGUUGGUCACCGAUGUGGAUGUGUGGAACGGGAAUAAAAGAUUCAACCGUUGGUAUUUUCGGAUUCGGGCGAAUCGGCCAGGAGGUUGCGAAGCGUUUGAUUCCUUUCAAACCAGCCCAAAUACAGUUCACUAGCCGUACUGACAAAUGCCUCACGGCAGAAGAGCUCGGGGUCAGUCAGGUUCCCUUUGAUGAACUCGUUGAAACCAGCGAUUUUCUGAUCAUUGCCUGCUCGUAUAAUACGCAAACCGCUAACCUGUUCGACGAUUCCGUUUUCUCACGAAUGAAACCCUCCACGAUACUCAUCAAUACAAGCCGUGGAGGUGUUGUCGAACAGCAUGAUCUGAUACAUGCUCUGAAGGCGGGAAAAAUCAGGGCAGCCGGAUUAGAUGUGACAACGCCCGAGCCAUUGCCAAUCGAUAGUCCCUUGCUGCAAAUGAGCAAUGUUGUCAUAUUGCCACAUAUAGGCAGCGCAGAUGUAGAAACUCGCACGGAAAUGUCCCGUAUUACCGCAUGUAACAUCUUGGCUGGGUUGAAAGGCGUGAAAAUGAUUUCGGAAAUAUAAGUAGCUUUAGGCAAUACUCAGCAAAUAUAUAUAUUAUUGAUUUGUUCA